GACUCAGUCAGUGUUCCACUGCGCUACCCGCCACACGCUCCUACACGCACGCGCCUUACUGCCACCACCACAGCAAUAACAAACAUUACAACCACCGGGGAAGUGUCUUCCAAAACCAAGUCAUCGUUACAAUCACUUACCGUCUUUACCACAACAACAAGAAGCACCAUUACCAUCUAAGACACUACCACCAUAACUAACCACAACUACAAUAGUGUGUUAUUUCUUCAGUCAUUAACAACUCACCAACACACACACACACCCUCAACAAGUGGUCAAGCAAACUAGUGAGCCCGUCUUGAGGAAAGAGAUGUUUUCAAACUCCUCAACGCGAGCUUCCCAGGACUAAACCGAUAAGAUGUGAAGAGAUGGUGUUACUAAGGAAAUAAAAUAAAAGACAAUAGAGACAUAAAAGAAAGAAUAAAGGACAUAUAAAAAUACCAGUGGGUGGUGAGAGGAGAGGAAGACCCAAGAAUCCACGCGUGUCUGUCCGGGUUACCUGUUGAAGGCACCACAACCACCAUGACCCGUUGCCUCACACUGUUUGGGUUGGUUGUGAUGAGCACAGUGUGUGUUGCUGUGAGUGAGAAGAGGGAGGGCACUCCAUCUCCCAGCUACAGCCUGGUAGUGGGAGACGGUGGAUAUGCUCGCCUUAUGAACACCCCGUCAUCCUUUUCUGACCUAACCCUCACUGCCUGGGUCAACAUCACCUCCUUUCCUGACGGUGUUGCUCCUAUUCUUACUGCUGUGGCUCCUGAUGCUAACAGCCAAGUAUCCUUCUUCCUGCGACACGAUGGCCUCGGAGUCUUGUGGGGUGGACCACCCUCUGUGCCAAGGUACCAGAUGGACCAAGUAGACCGUCAUCCACGCACCCAGUGGAGACCCAUAGGACUGGACUCUCCACACAGAGAAAGGCGUGAUGCCGUAGACUACAGCGCUGGUCUUGGAGAUAUUGUGGAUAUCCUAGCAGAUUCUCGUAGCGGACGGUCAUACGACACGUGGACGCCAUAUGGCUUCAUUGAUGUCGACCAGAUGGGUGUAGCAGACUUGGAGGCUUCACCUUCAGGACUGAAUGAUGACCUUCAUCUGCUGCCAGUCCGUGAUGGUUUAUCACGCUCUGAAUCCUACAACGACUGGACAAAUGUACCCUAUGAACUAACAAUGUUGGAGAGCGACCCAUAUGACCUUCACCUGGCCGAACCUGAACCACGUAUUAUUACCGAGCCCUCGGGGGAUGAUGACUUUGUUUUCUUUAACUGGAACGUUCCGGCAGCACCAAAGCAGACAAUACCACAAUCACCCAAUGAAUGGUCACCCAUCUGGCAAUCAAAAAAGGAGACACAAGUGAAGAACACACAAACAGUAAAGAUUUCAGCUGAAAACAUCACAGUAAAGGAUUCAAAUUCUGAAAACAUUAAUCCAAGUACAUCAGGGACUUGGUCAGCUCAAGUGACAGAGGUGAAACUUAGUCCAAAUAGCUGGACUCCUCAUCACAUUCUACCACCAGCAUCCAUUACUGCUACACCCCCUCCUCCUCCACCCGUCACACCUGCAAGACCAAGACCAGCCACAAGAAGAACAACAACUACAAAGCUAGCCCGCCCUACAGUCCCUCAAUAUAAUCCAAGAAGAACUACAACACGCCGCACAACAACCACAACACAACGUCCUUCUUCAACGAGACGGCCAACGACAACAGAGCAUACAACUACAACAACCAGGAGACCUUCAACAACAAGUACAACCACAAAAGCUACCACAACAUCACUGUUUAACAACAAACACUUCACUACUCAUCGCUUCACUGCCCCACCAACGACACUGGUCCCAAGAUCUCGUACUCGGGUGACGUCGUUUACCCGCUCAUCAAUACCGUCAUCUCGUCAAACAACAAGGAUGCCUCUGUGGAAAUUAAUAAAGCGUCCAAAUAUUUCACAACGGCCCUCGUCCACUUCUUCGACACCUAAAACCACAUCUACUACAACAACCACAACAACCACACCUCCUCCAACUACCACCAAAGCCACUACACGGGUGCGCACAACACGCACCACAACAUCCAAGCCAACUACUCAUCAACCUAGUCCACUUCCAACAGUCCACUCAACUAUUCUGGAAGAAGUGACAGACAAGCCUCAUAUUACUGGACAGAAGUCAAAGGUUUCUAUUUGGUCUAGUGCAGCAGAUAAUCAUAAACUGGGCAAGGGCCAUAACUACCAGGACAAGUCGUCCAGUAAACUUCUAACACCAUUAAAUAUCAGUAAAGACAGAUCAGUGAACAUCACCCCCUACCAUAUGGAUGAGUUCCAGCGUGCAAUGCAAGGGGUCCCCCCUAUUAGCGAUGGCAACACUGAUGUAGUAUACUCCAUCCCCAUCACUGAUGUGGAAGCUUUUAAUGCUAUGUAUAAGUAUUACCAGACACAAGAAGCAAAAGCCUUUUCAAAUUCAAAGCAAGCUACUGGCGUCCAUGAAGCAGUCCUAAAAACAAUUGAAGAAGAAACAAAUGAGAAUUAUUUAGGAGGCAGCAAUUUGCCACAUCAAGAAGACAGAUUCCCUAUCCACUAUGCAACAAAACUUGAACAACCCAACUUUGAAGAGACUAUUGCUCCAGCAGUUUUUAAAGAGGAAGAAGCUGUUCUUGUACCCACUGAGGACCCUCUACCACCAACACCAUCCCGCAGUGAUAUACCCAUACAAGAUGAUGACUCAGAUGUCUCUUAUCACAGAGAUAUUACAAUGACAAAGUUAGAAAAACUUCAACCAGCAUCUACCUCUGUAAAGCCAAUGUUAGUGACCCAGAUAUCGACACAGAAAAGUCAACCAGAAGUGAGUGUGGCCAUCAAAGAAGAACCCAAAGAGACACAGAAAACUUCCUCUCAGGCCAAGCAUGACAUAUUGGACUUUAACUUACCAUCUGUGAAAGAUGCUACUAUAGGUGAGGAAGUUAAGAAAGUACCUGAUCAGCCAAAAUCAAACAACAAGGCUGAGUUACCUAUACCUCUCAAUGUUAAAUCUUCUUUUGCAAUCACACAAGAGUCAACUGUUCUUCCUGUUUCAUCAGAAGUAACUAAUAAACCUCUUGUACCAGAACCAAGUAACCCUUCAAUUACAUCAUCAAGUAAUCUUCCAGUAAUCCAAAAGCCAAAUGAACUUCUAAGUGUACUAAUACCAAGUAAUAUUCCCAGUGUAUCAGGAUCAAGUAGUUUCUCUUCACUGCCCAUCUUAGGUGGCCUUUCAACUGCAUUAAAACAAAGUGGUAUUUCAAGUGAACCAGAACCAAAAUUCAAGGUUAUCCCCACUUCAAACUUCAAAACAGAACCAGAUGUAAGUGCCCAGGAAAUACCCCAACGACACUCUUCCUCGUUUGCUGUAUUUCACGUUGAUGAGGACAACAUUCCUUACUUUCCAACAAAAGGAGAAAAAGAAAAUGCUUUCUCAGUGGAAGAACUAUACCAGCCAGCUGGAGUGUUAGUAUCACAAGAGGGAGGUGGUCACCCAGUGUCACACUAUCAGGAGUCCUCACACUUGUUCCAUGAGCAGUUACCUCCCCAGUACAUAUCUCCAGAGGACAUACCUCGUCCCAUUGCCUAUGGUGGUCCACCGCAACAAUCAACCAACCACCACCAGGUCAAAGACAACCUAGAGGAUAUUAUAUUCAGUGCUAAUCCACAGGAACUUUUAAAUCAAGGCUUAUUGCCUCGUCCAGUGCAUUACGUUAGUACACAAGAAGAAGCCGAUGAUUGGAUGCGGGACCAGGUCUCUGAAGAAUCACAAAUAGAGGAUAGAGUCUUUACUGUAGCAUCACCAGAUCCAUACAAUGUUGUGCCUCAAGCUCCAGAAAAAAGUACAGAAGAAAAUAAUGUUAACUUUAACUUCAGGAAGCUGCCAUUUGAUUUCAAAACAAACAAGUGGUACCACAUUGCUUUUACCUGGAAUAGCAGAAACCAUCAGGUCGCAGUGUACAUUAAUGGGCAACUGGCUGGUACACUGACUAAUGUAUUACCACAUCAAAUGGCACUGGCUGGAGGUGGUCUGACACUCAUAGGGCAGACACUACUUCCUGAUUUAACAGAUUUUGACCCCACCUCACAAUUCAUAGGUGAGAUUAGUGACGUAAACAUGUGGAAUAAGAAGCUAAGUGCAGAAAGUAUACAGAAUGUGUACAAGUGUGCAGAAACCCAGGAGUCUCCAGCCCUCAACUGGCACCAAUUUUCCCUGAGAUUUUAUAGUGAUGUUUUAGUUAAACAAGCUGAUAGUGUGUGUGGUGCAUGAAACACACUGCUGACAACAAGGUCAAUAUCUAGUGAGUGAGAAACUAUAGGGUCUGUGGCAAGGAUUUCUCUAAAAUCAAAGACUAUGACAUGUCUUUUUUAUAAGCUAAUAAUCAAGAAAGUAUUUGUGUCAUAUACUAUACGUGAUCUGGCUCUCGUUGCACUCAGAUAAUGUGGUCUUUGACUUUUGCCUCAAAAAGCCAAAUCUUAAAAGGCUUUUUCUGGGGUAUUGUGGUAACAUAAUACAGUAUAUUACCUAAUGACGCAUCACAAAAUUUGUGCUGCACAGCAUUACUUGUAAGACAUUUUUUCAACGUGCAGGUCACGUUGAUUACUUUACCAGGUUUGUGUGGCUCAGUGACUGACAGUGUUGUGAUGACGACCACACCUACUUUCAAGCACGAAGAUUGUGAGUUUGGAAAAUGAGUAACUUUGAGUGAUAGUGAACAUAAGCCUGGGUGUUGUUAAGUGCUAAUCAACUGUUUAUUUGUUGCCUUGUUAGUAAAUAUUUAUAGCUGCUAUCUUCAACCUGCUGUCCAUUGUUACUACAUGUGUAGUGUUACAGCACUUCAUUAUCUCUUCCAUUCCUGUAAUCAAGAACUUUGCUAUUUAUAACCUCUUAAAGAAUGCAAAUUUAUGGUUAUACUCAAAGAAUUUGAUAUAGUAUUAUGAUAAAAUGGUUUUAAUCCUUUACUAUAAACUUAAAUAUGAUCAUUAAACAGUCAGAAGAGGAGUAUUAUCUCUUCUGGGUUUUCAUAUCAACUUAUUGCUUAAAUCUUAAGAAGAGUAAAUAGCAAAGACUUAUGAGAAUAUUUCUUCAUAGUUAUCAUUAAGAUGAAGUGCAUAUCAACACUAAGAUUUCUGUCAAUCAUAAUUAAUCAAUAGACUAUUAAGUAGUUCUGCUAAUGUGAUGACACAUUAAUAAGACUACAGUUUAUAUAUCAUGUUACUUCUUUCCAUUUGGCAAAUGUCUCAGCUCCUUAUUUUAUAUAAAUCACAAAAACUAAGUACAAGUAAAAGAUAAUAUUCUGACAAGGUAUAUUUUCUCAUUGUGGAAAUUUUCAAGCCUAAUCUUAACAUACAGUAUUUGGCAGGUUGGGUUGAAUUAUUACAUGCAACAUCCUCUUGACACUUUUUCUGGACAAGAAUCUGACUGUAAUAGUAUUAAGAAAUAUCAGUGAGCCAAGCCUUUUUAUCCCAUAAAGAUUAAAGGUCAUGGGAAUAAAUACAUGGUGAAAAAUUAAUCAAUAUUGGUCAAGAAAAUUAUUGCAAUUAUUCCAUACUAUGAGACAUAAGUUUAGUUCCAGGGCCAGGCAGGGUUAGUGACUCAUCGCUGUCCAAAUGAUCCAGAUUAAGGUAACCCCAAAUACUUACCUGCUGUCAGCAUUCUUUAAACAAAAUGUCAAGUCUACAACCAUCCAAACACCACUAGGGUACUUAUUUUUUCUUUUUUUUUUAACUUUGCUUUACAUUAUUUUAUAUUCCAUCUCUUUAGUUAAGGGAUUUAUCUUAGUUAAUGUCUCAUUUUUAAAGUUAAGUAUAAUACCAGUUCAGAUUUUGCUCUCUUCUCCCUAGACCAUUUGUUAAGUUUGUCUUGACAGUAAAAGUAACUAUUAAAAAUUGUUUGAAUCCCAAACUUAGGCAUUUUCAUCUUUAUUUUCAAAAUGGCUGUCAUCUGCGUGUUCUAUUCAGUACGUACUUUGUUACUGGUGACAAAAUCAUCUGUGGUCCAUUUGCAAUUCAAAUAUAUAAUACUGUAGAUUAGACAAAGUAAAUUACUUCCUAAAGUCAAAUACAUCUUCAAAGACAUGAAACUACCUGUAAAGUGGAACUUUGAAAUAAAGAGUUGAAGGUCUUCUCUUAA